AUGAAAAUAAAUUAUGCAAAUAGCUGUUAUUUUCCUUUAAUAAGUUAUAAACCCAAUAUAAUUUAUUAUUAUAUCUUCUUAAAACAAAUUGAAAAAUAUAAAAAGAAUGAAUUAUCUUCAAAUGAAGUAUACGACAUUACUAUAGUUGGUGGUGGCUUAUUUAGUUGUUGUUUAUACUAUUUUUUAAAAAAAAAAAAUCCUUUACUUAAAAUAUUAAUAAUUGAAAAAGAGAAAAUGCUAGGGGGAUAUGUUAAAACGUAUAAAAAUAAUAAAAAAUUUUUGUUCGAAUUAGGACCAAAUAUUUUCAAAUUAAAUGAUGAUAGUUAUAAUUUAAUUAAAGAAUUGCAUUUACUUUGCAAUGUGAGAGUAUUAAACAAGAAAUUAAUAAGAUAUAUUUAUUACAAUGAUAAGUUAUAUCCAUUACAUUUUAAUCUCAUUGGUUACUUUAUUUUCCCUCUGAUCAAAAUUUCAAAUAAAGUUAAAUUGAUUUUAAAAUUGUUUUUUAAAAAAUACAAAAAUAUAAAUUUAUAUGACAAUGAUAUUUCCGUAGAAAAUUAUAUGAAAGAAAAUUUUGAUUUACAACAUUAUAACUUUUUACUUUUACCUCUGAUAUAUGGUUCGUGUGGUGGAAAUGGUGAUAUAUCUGCUAUAUCGUUUUUUUCUAGAAAUUUAAAAUUUUGUGAUAAUAAUAUAAAUAGCUUAUAUAUAUGGCGUGAAAGAAAAAUAGAAAAAAAAAAAAGACAUAAAUUAAAUGGAACAAAAUUUUGUAACACAUAUACUUUUCAUAAUUUUUUUUAUAAGAUGAAUAAAGAUGAAAAAUUAUUUCAUUACAUGAAUAUACUAAAUAAAUAUAAUGCUUUGAAUUAUAAUAAAAAAAUUCCAUUAAAUAGUUAUAAGAAGAGAAGUUUAUUUCAUAUAAAUAAGAAGAAAAGUCUAAAUAUAAUUAAAGAAAUGUGUGUUUUAAUAAAAAAUGCAUAUAAAAAUUUCCUUUUUUUAUACAAAAAGAUAAUUAAGAAAAGUAAACAAGAAGAAGAAAAAAAGAAAUUUAUUGGGAAAUUGGUAUCAUUAAAAUAUGGGUUAUAUGAAAUAAUAAGUAAAUUAAAUAAUUAUAUAAAUCAAAAAUAUGUGUGUACAAAUUGCGAAGUAGAUUUCAUUAAAAGAACAAAAGAAAAUUUAUGGAUGUGCAAUAUCAAAAAUGAAAAAAAAAAUUAUACAAUAUAUAGUAAAAAUGUUGUCUUAACAGUAAAUUCUAAAAUAUGCUCGAAUAUUAUGAGAUAUAUUAUAUCUUCUGAUAUUAAAAAUAUUCUUUUAAAUUUUUCUUAUUCAAAUAUAAUAAGUGUAACAUUAUAUUAUAAUAAAAAAGAUGUAAGAAUACCAAGUAAUUUUUUUGGGUUUUUAUCAUCUGAUAAAUUAGCACAUAUAUUGGGUUGUUUUUACAUUAAUAAUAUGUUUAAAGAAAGAUGUGAUGAUAACAAUAUAGUAUUAUUAACAUUAUAUAUGGGUGGACAAAACAACCCUAAUGAUAUUUUCUUAAAAAAAGAAGAAAUAGCUGAAAUUAUCUCGGAAGAUUUAAAAAAGAUAUUUCAAAUAGAAAAUAAUAUAAAACCAGUUAUUUUAAAAAUAAAAAAAUGGUAUAAUGCUAUACCUAUUUAUUUACAUAAUUAUGAAAAGGAUUUAAGGUAUUUUUUAGAUGAAUUAAAUAAAUCAGCAUAUCAAAAUUUAUUUAUUGAUUCAGGAUGGAUAACUGGAACAUCUAUAUCUGAUAGAAUUACAUCUGCAAAAGAUUUAUCAGAAUUUAUACAAUCAAAAUUUUUUAGUGAAUAA